GCAGUGGUUCAGUGAUCUUUGCCAUUUCUUCUAUAAAACUUCAGACUUUUCUGACAAUUUUCAUCCUGAACUCAUUUUUGAAACAAUGGCAGCUCAUCCUGGUGCAUAUCCAAAUAACCCAAAUGUCUUCACAGUUCAACCGCAGCCUUAUGGUCAGCAAGGGCAACAACCAAUUUAUGUAGUUCAACAACAACCGCAACAAAAUAGAGAUCCCGAUGGUUGUUGCGAAAGCUGUAUUGCAUGUUGUGUCUGUUGUCAAUGCUGUGUCAGUUGCUGCUCUCUAUUCACAUGCUGGGCUCAAUUGUGUUGCGCUGUUUGUGACUGAACUGUGCCGUAACUUAGAUUAUGUGAUUUUUAUCUUCAUUCGUACAGCCUGUAGUUCUUAUUGAAAAAACUUACAAGUGUGUGCUUUUCAACAACUUGACUGUGUUCAUUUUGCUGUAUCUAAUUAUAUAAUAAAGUUGUUGAGAACAG